UUGUAAUAUACACAUGAAAAGAGAUAAAAGUGUCAAAUGGAUUUGGCGUGAGUGACACCUCAAGGUCCCUCCCCUUCUUGUCCACUAAUGCGACAACGAUUGUUACGGUCGCUGGAAUCAAAGUUGGCCAGGGGAGAGUGUUCCUGCCGAAGUAUUCUGAGCGGUUCGGACUCUUUUCCGAAGCGCAUGUGAACCUUUUAGUAGGUUCUUCAAUGAGUGUCUUCAAGGUUACUGCGUUUAGGUCCUUCUGAAGUGGUACCCAGCUGCCUUAUCUGUAUGUUUCCCAACAUCCGGCAAACAUGAAGAUCUGGAUUUGUCUCUUUGCUGUGUUUUUGACAGCUGCGUCCACGCACGGGGGUUCCAAGUUCCAGGAGGCAUGCUCAGGGCGGGACUGCAGUGUAAGAUGCCCGUGCUACUCGGAGAAAGGCGGCAGGGGCCAGCCAGGGCCCCUGGGCCCAAUCGGGCCAAAUGGGUCUAAGGGCUCUGUGGGAGACCAGGGCCCCUCGGGGCCAAAAGGUGAGAAGGGGCAUCCAGGAAUUAAAGGUCCAUCAGGCCCAAAGGGAGACAAAGGACCAAUGGGUGUGCCAGGGUUCCCAGGGAUAGAUGGCGUUCCUGGUCAUCCUGGCCUGGAGGGGGGCGGGGGACCCCCAGGCCGUGACGGCUGCAACGGCUCUGUGGGUGAUGUAGGUCUCAGUGGGGCAGAUGGCCCAGAAGGACCUCUAGGACAGCUGGGACCAAAAGGGCCUAAAGGACAGAAAGGAGACCCUGUGUACUCUGAACGCCCCAACGUCGGGCUCAAGGGGGAGCCAGGCCUGCCGGGAUUGGAUGGACUGAUUGGCCCCCGUGGUGAGGUUGGGUUCCCUGGCAUGAUUGGACAUAGGGGUCCUGGCGGCCUUCCUGGCCGGCUUGGUCCACCUGGUUUGCCAGGCCCAGCAGGGAGCCCAGGGCUUGGCCUGAAAGGGGAAAAGGGAGACAAGGGAGAUGUGGGCCCACCUGGGGACCCUGGCAGCCCACUCAGCAAUACGGUUGUGGAGUUUAUGGGCUUUCCUAAAGGAGACAAAGGAUCUAAGGGUGAUGAUGGGUUCAAGGGCAUUCAAGGCCAGCCAGGGUUUCCUGGACCUUCCGCCACUUUUGGGUCCCCAGGCGAGGUGGGGGAGAAGGGGAUUAUUGGCCUUCCUGGAGGACGGGGCGUUCCAGGACUGAAUGGACCUCAUGGGCCUCCUGGCAGACCAGGUUUUGUCGGCAGCCUCGGAGUCCCAGGCAGGCCUGGAUUCCCUGGCCCCAAGGGCUAUCCAGGAGAUCCAGGGCCCCCAGGACCUACUAUUUACAGUGAUGGCCCAGGCCAGUAUGUGCAAGGCCCCCCUGGUGAGCCAGGAACUGAUGGGCUACCUGGGCCACCUGGAGAUCAAGGGCCAGAGGGCUUCCCAGGGCAGUCUGGGCCCCCAGGGGUCCCAUCCUAUAUUCCAGAUGAGCCAGGUGCUCGUGGUUUUCCAGGGCCACCAGGACUCAAGGGGGAGAAGGGGAACCCUGGCCCGCCAAGUGACAGCCUAGAAGGGCUGCCAGGAAUUCCUGGUCCCCCAGGUCUCCCAGGACCCCCUGGCCCUAAAGGGGUACCCAACAAGUUCUCUGAGAGAGCUGGGCCACCAGGACCAAAUGGACAGAGGGGACCUCCUGGGGUCCCUGGGAUCAAAGGAGGGAAAGGAGACGAUGGGGCCUGCCAGUGCCUGGGGGAUGAAGGGGUUGGGUUGCAGGGUCCUGAGGGCACAGAGGGCCCUCAUGGCAUGUUCGGAUUAGAUGGCCCCAAGGGCGAGGUUGGUGAUCAAGGGCCACAGGGCUUCACUGGUGCUCCAGGUCCCAGGGGGACCAAGGGGGAGCCAGGCUUGCCUGGGCCAAAGGGAAUCAAGGGUGAUACAUUCAUCCCUGCAGGAUUAAAAGGCUUGAAGGGUAACAUGGGUGAUCAGGGUCCACACGGCCACCCGGGGGAUAUUGGUCGGCCAGGAAUAGAUGGACUCCCCGGCUUUCUGGGGCUGCCUGGACCUCCUGGUGACACUGGCGCUGUUGGACUCCCCGGAAACCAUGGCGUCCCUGGCCCACCUGGACUGAAAGGCCAGCCAGGCCGAGUGGGAGAACCUGGGUUUGGGUACCCAGGUUAUGCUGGCAUCCGUGGCCCUCCUGGAGAUCCAGGCGCUGAUGGCCUUCUUGGACAGCCUGGUUUACCUGGCCCUCCAGGAACCACGCUACCCUGUCAAAUCUCAGGUGAAGAUGGAGAACCAGGGCCCCCUGGUUUGCCAGGCCCCCCAGGACUGGAAGGACAGUCUGGUGUUCCUGGAAAAGCGGGUCGACUCGGUUUCGAUGGUGUAAAGGGUGAGAGAGGCGAGCCUGGCUUUGGCGGACUGCAUGGGCCACAAGGCUUUCCGGGGCCGCGAGGGGAUCCGGGGACCCCUGGACUUCCAGGGGAGAGCAGGCCGGGACUUUCUGGGAGGCCCGGACUUCCAGGGCUGCCUGGGAUGAAGGGGCAGCCAGGCGAGGUACUGGAUUCCCUUGGGGCUCAAGGCUUACCUGGCCUGCCUGGAAUAGAUGGAGCUAAGGGCGAACCUGCGGAGCCAGGCCUCUCAGGGACCCCUGGUCUCGAUGGGCACACAGGGAAUCCUGGGAUGAAAGGGGAGCGUGGAGUGGAUGGUCCAGUGGGGAUCCCGGGUAUGCCUGGGCCCCCAGGUGCUGCCUUUGGACCACCAGGACCUCCUGGAAGAAAGGGACUUGUUGGAGCUCCAGGCUGCCCAGGAUUUCCAGGACCCCGAGGCUCAUUAGGUGACCCUGGGACCUCGGGACCUCCUGGAGUGAAGGGGCUAACUGGACCGCCAGGAGCCCCGGGGUCCCCAGGAUUUCAAGGGUUCCAGGGCCCCCCAGGAGUUGUAGGGCGAGACGGGAUCCCUGGGGAACCAGGACUGAAGGGUGAGAGAGGGAUUUUGGGAAUGUUGGGUUUCCCUGGAAAAUCCGGAUCUCCUGGGGGUCCUGGGCUUCCAGGGGCUAAAGGAGUGCCAGGUUCCCCCGGAAUGGAGGGAUUGCAAGGAGAGACUGGCGGAAAGGGUCAGAGAGGGAUCCAGGGGAACCGUGGACCUCCUGGGCCGACACCCAUCUUGCCAGUGCUGAUAAAGGGGGAUGAAGGAGACAGGGGACCUAGUGGGCUUCCUGGCUUUCCAGGUCCAAGAGGUGACAAAGGUGUUGUGGGUCAGCCUGGUCCGCCCGGCCUGUCUGGCUUCUCCGGCAUGGUGAAGGGUGGCCCAGGACUCCCUGGUCUACCAGGACCCUCAGGAGAACCUGGUUUCCUUGGUCCAAAGGGCUCACCGGGUAUAAUGGGUUUCCCUGGCAUGCUUGGGCCACAGGGGGAAGGCGGUCCACUUGGAUCACCUGGAUUUACAGGAAGUCCUGGACAGGAUGGGCAGAAGGGUGAGCAGGGUGAUUCCCCUGCCAUACCUGGAGCCCCUGGUCUUCAAGGUCUUACCGGAGACCCUGGAUUCCCAGGUGACCAUGGGAUGCCAGGCUUGCCAGGAGAUGCAGGUGUUCCUGGAAGACCUGAUUUCAGUGACCAGAAAGGCCUUCCAGGGGAACCAGGCAGACCAGGUUCAAGGGGACCUCCGGGCUCCUCUGGCAGUCAAGGCCAGACUGGCCUCCCAGGCAUGAGAGGCCUGCAGGGCUUCACUGGCCUUCCUGGAUCCCCUGGCCCUGAAGGCCAGAAAGGACGUCCUGGUCCUCCUGGACUUGAUGGGCUCAAUGGACUGAGAGGGGCCAUUGGUCCACCAGGAACCCCAGGUUCAGAUGAAAAAGGCCUUCCAGGGCUUCCUGGUCCUGCUGGCCCUAAGGGGGAAAGGGGCGUUGGCCAGCUCGGUGCCUGUGGUGUCCCUGGGGAGGUGGGCUUCAGAGGAGAUCCAGGUAACCCCGGGACGCCGGGCAUUCCUGGCCUUCCUGGGCCCAGAGGCAUCUCUGUGACCUCCGACAUUGUAGGCCCUCCUGGAGACCCUGGUUUACCUGGGCUAGAUGGAGAGCAAGGGUUCCAAGGACCUCCUGGCCCCCCUGGUCCUGCUGGGCCCAGUACUGCCCAGGGUGACAGAGGAGACCCAGGUCCCCCCGGCUUCUCUGGCUUGCCGGGUCCACGUGGGGAUCCUGGAAGCCUGGGAGCUCCAGGACUGCCAGGCGGUGCUGGACCCAUUGGGGCCAAAGGAGAAAGAGGGAACCCUGGUGUCAGUGGCCCCCCAGGGCAGCCAGGUCUUGUGGGUGACCCUGGGUUGUUUGGAAUCAAGGGACAGAAGGGUGCCCGAGGUCCCACUGGACCAAAGGGUUGCCCUUGGAUGGUGGAGGUGUCAGUUGGGGAUCCCGGUCCUGUUGGUGUUCCUGGUCAGAUUGGAGAGAAUGGCAGCCCAGGGCAACCUGGUCUACCAGGGCCUUUUGGUCCAAAAGGGGCAGUGGGAACCCAAGGAAACCUGGGACAAAUUGGGCAAGGAGGCCCACCAGGACCUGUUGGAGAGCCUGGACUUCAGGGGCUUUCUGGGCUGCCUGGAGAGCAAGGCACCCCUGGCAAACAGGGCCCCCCAGGGCUGCCAGGCAGAUCCGCGCGAGUCAGCAGUUUUGGCUACACUCUGGUGAAGCACAGCCAGAGCAGUGAGGUGCCCGCCUGCCCUGAGGGCUUGGCACUGCUCUGGGAGGGGUACAGCCUCCUUUAUGUGGAGGGCCAGGGGAAAGCCCACAACCAAGACCUCGGUCUGGCUGGGUCCUGCUUGCCCCGUUUCAGCACCAUGCCCUUCCUCUACUGCAACACCAAUGACAUAUGUCACUUCGCCAGCCGCAAUGACAAGUCUUACUGGCUGUCCACGUCGGCGCCCAUUCCCAUGAUGCCCGUGGCCGAGGAGCAGAUUCCAGAGUACAUCAGUCGCUGCUCCGUGUGUGAGACGUCCUCCCAGGCGGUGGCUGUCCACAGCCAGGACCUCACCAUUCCCCCCUGCCCUGCGGGAUGGCGUAGCCUGUGGAUCGGCUACUCCUUUGCCAUGCACACUGCGGCCGGGGCAGAGGGAGGAGGGCAGUCCCUGGUGUCACCGGGCUCCUGUCUGGAGGACUUCCGCACCACGCCCUUCAUCGAGUGCGGUGGCGCCCGAGGGGCUUGCCACUAUUUCUCCAACAAGCUGAGCUUCUGGCUCACCACAGUGCAGCCGGAGAUGCAGCUCCAGGAAAUGGAGACGCUGAAGGCCGGAGAGGCACUCACCCGCGUCGGACGCUGCCAAGUUUGCAUUAAGGUUUUCUAGGGCUUCUGCCUGAGCUAGGGGACCCCGAAGGAAACGCUCAUGGCCCCUUUCGCAUACAGAGGCCAGGGAGCCACCUGUGUUUGGGCUGGAAGGAGCUGGAGAUCAGCAGUAUUAUAGCUUUAAAUCUUGUGGUGGUUAUGACAUGUUUUAUGGUUAUUUUUGAUUUUGCUUUUGUCAUAUUUCAUUAUGAUUAUGGACUUACUGGCUUCCAUAGGAAAGUGUAACAGAACCUCAAGGGAAAUACAAUGGAUUCUUUAUUCUUGUUUACAGUUAGACAUAAAUCUGCCACACUGAUCUCCGUUAUCCACCUAACUUGAAGAGUCAUAUAUAUACUCUGUACACACAUACACACUAGCAGUCAAAGGUUUUUGCACAAACUGAGAUUUUCUACAUUUGCAUGUUACUCACUAUAAUUUACAAAAAUACACUCAAUAUUCUUUGCUAUCAAAUACAUUUACAAUAUGUUCACCAUCUGAGUACCUUUAUUAGAAAGAAAAUAUCAUAUAUUUAAUUCAUCAAAGUCACCUCCUCUAGCAGCAGAGAAAAUUCGAGGCAUUCUAUCUACAAGGGAUAUUAAAUUCUGCCCUGUUUCGUGGGAUGAAACAGUUAACCAGUGCAUUUAAAGUUAAAGGACAGCCUAGAAUUUGAUUAUGCCAUCACCACACAACCAGUUAAUAGGAUGUCAGACAUGCACUGUAACAUAUUCUUUCCACUUUAUAAAGGAAAAUUGUCUUAUUUGACUUAUUUCACUCAUCUUUCCAAACAUCUUAAAAAAACAUUUAAAAAUCUGCAGUUUAUGAAGAAAAUGGAAGAGUGGUGAAAACCUGUGGCAUGCAAAAACUUUUGGCUGGAAGUCAAACACACACAUACACACACGCAUAUAUGAUGUCAGCUUUACUGAGCCUUUAAAACAAACUGACAACAGUUCAUCAGUAUUUCACAUUCCCUAUGAAAAGAGCAGUAAGCCAUAUUUAACACAUGAUCAAACUAAUGUGACAAACAUUUGGUGCUUUGUUGAUGUCACUGUGUAAUGAACAUUUAACUGUGCAACCACGUCUACCAUAAAUUGGGGGAUUAGUCCUUAAAUUCAAUGGUGUUUUUAGAACAUAAAUACUGUAUUUUAACCCUAGAUACUAUGGACAUUGUCUAUGCAUAAAAUGACAACAGAAUGCUCUUUUGUAAUUGUGACAUUCAGUGUUCUGCUAUCAUUCCUACUACCAGACUACAGUUUACCAUACUUUUAACAUAUACUUGGGCUAGAUGUCUGGACUGGUGAACAACUGUGUUCUUUUUUCACUAUGCAAUAAACUGUUGAGCUUGAAGUUUCAAAACUUUUCACACGCCAUUACUUACACUAAAUAAACACAGUCCAACUGUAAUUCUAUGGGUAUAUUUAAGCAAUACUACUUCAUUUUUCUAAUAAAUUCUCAUCCAAAAUGGAACAUGGUUCAGGUGCUGCUAUAUCAUCCCUAAUACCACUAUUUUUGUUUAAACUACAAAAUAUGAGCAUUAUAUGGAAAUAUAGAUAUUACAUACCUGUAAUACUUAACGUUUUGAAUAUGAAUGCGUAAAAUAAUUUUAGUUGUGUGCAUAUAUUCUAGUUUUGAUGCAAUGUGUGUGCAUUUUUGUGUCCAUUAUAGGGUAUGUCAACUUAUUAAAAUACAUUUACUGAAGUAGAUUUUAGGCCAAACAUUCAAAAUACCAUUUAUUUGGCUAACUGUACAGUAACAAUCCAUUGAACAAUUUAAGUGUAAAAGGAAAUACUAUUGAAGGAAACACAGUUUGGGAAUGUAAUUGGCUCUUGUUCGUGAGUCGAAUGAUUCAACUGACGUGGGGUGGCAUGGUGGUGCAGUGGUUAGCGCUGUCACUGCUGUCACCGCUGUCACUGCUCACCUCUGGGACCUGGACUCAAGUCUCUGGCAGGGUUCCGUGUGUGGAGUUUGCAUGUUCUCCCCAUGUUGUUGUAGGGUUUCCUCCAGGUACUCUGGGUCCCCCCAGUCCUAAAACCAUGCUGAGGCUGAUUGGAGUUGCUAAAUUGUGUGUGCUGCAAUAGGUUGGCACCUCAUCCUGGUUGUUCCCUGCCUUGUGAGCCUGAAUAGGAUAAGCAGUUUGGAAAAAGGGUGGAUGGGUUUGACUCACUGACUACAGUGGCCCCGAAAGCCACUUUUUUGCAUGAUAAUGAGAUGCAAAAAUUCACAUGUAAAUGUUUUCUUUAUAUGUUGUGGUUUUUGCAUGUUCUUCCUUUUUAUGUCCCAUAAGGCCGGGUGAUGCGUACCAAAAACCACAUCAGUCCUUUUAGGCAUACGAUAUUUUCUUACGAUAUUUUCUAUUUUUCCAUUCUGUCCAAUGUAUUCUUUUAAAUAAAAAUCACGUGAGAUAUAACAAA